GAGAGCUGAGCGUGGAGCUGCAGUGGUUUGAGGAGCUGUCCAGAUGCUGAAACAGCACCACGCAACCUCUCACCUCAUUUUGGGAGCUGGUUGUUGACGGACCGGUUAUCUUCGGAGCAAUUUUCAGAUUUUUUUGAGGGGAGGUAUUAACUCACGAAAGAUGGGUUUAUUCUCAGAAAAAAUCUAAAAGCUGAUUGAAAAAUAUUCAUCUGUUCUCAACUGCAAGGAGAUUCAGAAAAUUCUUUUUUAAAUAUAUAUAUUGAUUUUCUCUUAGAGGCUCAUCCAAGUAAUUUAGAGCAAAAUUACGAUCAAUUCGCCAUAAAUCAGUGUCAGCCACAGCUCUGUGUGUAGGCUACAGCUGGAGAAUGCAGGCAGGAGGGGUGGAGUUCACUGCGUUUACUUUUCAAAGCGCCUCGGUCUCAGACAGAAGGAGCUCAUUCUGCUGAGUUUGAACUGAUGGAUCCCGGCAUUUGAUCCCCACGUUGCUUUUAAGCCAGUCGCCUCGCAGCCGCUCCCACCGCCGCCUUAAUUAAACUUUCCAUGCUGUUGCCCGUCCGGCGGACCGCAUCCAGGAGGUUUGUCUGGACCGCGCUCGCUCCUGCUCCCUUGGCUGCCGCGCUCCGGUUCUCCGCCCUCGGCUCUCCAGGUCCAGCGGAACUCACUCACGCGGCCACAGGAGCUGGCCCGGGUCUCCCGCACGCAUGGAGGGGGACGUAAUGGACAAGGUGGAGGCCACGGCGACGGUCUGUGACUUCGACCCCAUGAGUGGAAGCAUCCCUGCCACCAAAGUGGAGAUCACAGUGUCCUGCAGGAAUCUUUUGGACAGAGACACUUUCUCCAAGUCCGACCCAUUGGUUGUGUUGUACACCCAGGGCGUGGAGUCUAAACAGUGGCGAGAGUUUGGGAGAACGGAGGUGAUAGACAACACGCUAAACCCGGAUUUCGUCAGGAAGUACAUCCUGGACUACUUCUUUGAAGAGAAGCAGAACCUGCGCUUUGACGUGUAUGACAUUGACUCUAAAAGUCCAGAUUUAGCAAAACAUCCCAACGACUUUAACGACUUCCUGGGUCAGGUCUACUGUACUCUAGGAGAGAUCGUGGGCUCGCCUGCCAGUCGUCUGGAGAAACAGCUAGUGGGCAUACCUGGGAAGACAUGUGGAACCAUAAUCUUAUCAGCUGAAGAGCUUGGAAACUGCAGAGAUUAUGCCACCAUGCAGUUCUGUGCCAACAAAUUGGAUAAAAAGGACUUCUUUGGAAAGUCAGACCCCUUCAUGGUCUUCUAUAGAAGUAACGAGGAUGGCACGUUUACAAUUUGUCACAAGACCGAGGUGGUGAAGAAUACCCUGAAUCCUGUGUGGGAGCCCUUUUCCAUCCCUGUCAGAGCACUCUGCAAUGGGGACUAUGAAAGGACAAUCAAGGUGGAGGUGUAUGACUGGGACAGAGAUGGGAGUCACGAUUUCAUUGGUGAAUUCACAACAAGCUACAAAGAGCUAUGCAGAGGCCAGAGCCAGUUAAAUCUAUAUGAGGUGGUGAAUCCAAAGAAGAAACUAAAGAAAAAGAGAUAUAUCAACUCUGGCACGGUGUCAUUACUGUCAUUCAGUGUAGAGUCAGAGCACACAUUCUUGGAUUACAUCAAAGGAGGAACUCAGAUUCACUUCACAGUGGCCAUUGAUUUCACUGCAUCAAACGGAAAUCCAUCGCAGUCCACUUCGCUACACUACAUGAACCCUUAUCAGAUGAAUGCCUAUGCCAUGGCUCUGAAGGCUGUGGGAGAGAUCAUUCAGGACUAUGACAGUGAUAAGAUGUUCCCUGCACUUGGAUUUGGUGCUAAGCUCCCGCCUGACGGGAGGGUGUCUCAUGAGUUUCCACUGAAUGGCAAUGUAGAGAACCCGUACUGUAAUGGUAUGGAGGGGAUUCUCGAAGCUUACCAUCAAAGCCUUAAGACGGUUCAGCUGUAUGGACCCACCAACUUCGCUCCUGUGGUUAAUCACGUGGCAAGGUAUGCAGCAGCCGUGCAGGACGGAUCUCAGUACUUCGUCCUGCUCAUCAUUACAGAUGGAGUUAUAUCGGAUAUGGCUCAGACCAAGGAGGCCAUAGUGAAUGCUGCAAAACUCCCGAUGUCUAUCAUCAUUGUCGGAGUUGGCCAAGCGGAGUUUGAUGCAAUGGUUGAACUGGAUGGUGAUGAUGUCAGAAUCUCAUCACGAGGAAAGUUGGCAGAGAGAGACAUUGUGCAGUUCGUACCAUUCAGAGACUACAUGGACCGCACAGGUAACCACGUCCUCAGCAUGGCCCGGCUGGCCAAAGACGUUCUGGCUGAGAUCCCGGACCAGCUGAUCUCCUACAUGAAGAGCAGAGCCAUUAAGCCCAACCCCGUCCCCCCACCGUACUCAUCCUGCAAGCAGCCCGAGACGGAGUCUGUUUGAUCCCCGCCUCCGACACGGCACCGCCUUGGCCGGGGCAGGUUUCACAUUAAUGCAAACAACCCUUAUGAGCAGAAAGUGGGAAUGAUUUCCAGGCACUUUUACCCCAGUGAAACAAUAAAACUCUAUGAAGAGCCAGAGCAGAGAGACAGCUGUAGAGGAACUUGUUGGUAAUAAGAGGGUUUUAUUUUUCUCUCUGAGAGCACCGAGAGGAGAACCAUGUAAAGGGAAGAUUUAGAUGUUUGCUGUCCAACCUGUCAAAGUGGUGAUGUAAUGGAAACCUGUAGAGAGAGGCCUUUCUGAAGGCGUACACAUAUUAGGAUGUAUUUUGUCUGUGAUACCUUUUUGGAGUUCAUGUGUUAAUCUAGGGAUCCCUUAUGAAUACCAGUUUUUAUUUAUUUAUUGCAGAAAUAAUUUAUUGUUUCGCAGAGAUUUUAUUGGGUUGGGGGAUUGAAGUCGUAUAGAAAUAUAUAUCCUGUAGUUUUCCAUCUUAUAUUUUGUGAUUAGCAUAAGGAAAACUAUCAUUUCUACUACCAUUUCUACUUUGAUAAAGCCUGUAACAUAGAAGCAUGGGAUAAAAAUCUAACAAUGUAGGAAUCAUUUUCGCUCACAGGAAAUUUUUUGACUGUAAGCUGUAACAUAAUCUACCGCCAUCCAGAUUUUUCAUGUCUUAUAUGCAUUUCUAAUCUUUAUAUAAACAGAAUGCACUAAUUAGUGUCAAAACAAAAGCACAAAGUCCUCAUAUUAUUAAGUUAAAUAUGUUUAUUUUGAAAAAUCAAACCAGGAUGAAAAUCAUUUGAAGGAUGGCAAAUCACAUCUUACAACAGCUUUAAUAUUCUCUAGUAUUUUAGACAAAAUUAUUAUUUAGGUAUGUAUAAUGCUUAAUAUUCUUAUAUAUUAAACUAUAUUUUACUUACCAUAUUGAGCAGGAUGUUUACAUAAGAAUAACUGCAUAAUUUCCAUUACAUCCUCAUACAUUAUCUGUAUGCAAAGAAAUAAAUUGUACUUAAGUGAGACUCUUUUGCCAUCUUACUAUUUAUUUAUUUCCAUUGUAUUUGUUGCUAAUGCAUGUCGUUAUCUGGAAUUUUCUUUGGCAAAUCUGGAGGAUCCUUCAGAUUUUAAACUCUGAUGUCAACUUGCUCCCAUCAUUUCUUCCUUAAAUGUAUUUAAAUGUUGUUGAGGGAGGUCUGAACAAUCGGAAAUCAUUGACCAGAAAUUGAAGUGCAUUCAUAUGCACAUUUCUUUCAAAUAUCUAACAAAUACAACAAUUACUGAAUGACUUGAGUUCAGCUAAAGCUUGACUGUACUCAGUCUGGAUCCAGUGUUUUGUUUCUACUAUUGUCCAUAUCGCCAUAAGUACUUUUUUCCAUGUGUAUUUUUUUCCAACUACCACAGACACCAUUUAAAGCUCACACUGUUUUAUUUAUCCUUUAGUUGUGUAAAAAGCCUGUAAGAAGCAUAAAUGAAUCUUUCACUGCUGUAGCAUGAUCUCACAUUAAAGAUGUUCAGAAAUCCAACCUUUUAUCUCACAUUCAAAGAUUAAGACGAGUGACUGAAUACCACUGAAAAUAUGGUUUAUGUUUAAUCUACUUUUAAUUAACCGGGAUAAAAACUCGUUGAGAUUACAUGACUCUUUUACAAGAGAGUCCUGCACUAAGAAGGCUUUACUGUAUCUGGUGUUGAUUUGUCCAAAACCGGAAAUGAUGAAACUCUCCUCAAUGCCCUUCAUGCUAACAAGUUUCUAAGUGGAUGUGGAAGAGAAACAAUCCCUUAGCAUAACAGAUCCUCCACCGUACUCAGCAGUGGCCAUGAGCUUCUUUUCCACACACAUUUAUCUGUUAUUUUACCCCCAAACUGACCUGAAGUAGUGAAGUUUUUUAAGUGUUGAUCAAUUGCUAAUAUGGAUUCUUCACAGCACCAUUCAUUAUUAAAGCUGAAAUACUUUUUUCCCCUUUACCCAUCUAUAUAAUUAUCUUCACUGUUUGUGUUGGAAAAUAAAACUUUAAUCAUUGUAGCAUCUUUAGAUACUUUACUGACUUGCGAAGACUUAUAAAUUAUUUUAAAACUGACCAAUGUUAAAAAGUAAAGCAAAAUAAAAAGCCAUUUACUGUUUUUUAUAGGAAAUGUCUGAUGUGGCAAAAAUUGUCACUGGGUUUUUUUUGUUGUUUUAUUUUUUACUUUUUAAAAAGUUGGAUUUUUCCAAAUUCUUUACUGUGAGAUUAUGCUGAUGCACCAAAAAAGUAAUUCGUGUAUCAAGUUUUUACUUUUACAGGGUUGCCAAUAACAAUAGUUAAUUUUUGUUAUGAAAUUAAAAUUUUGGACUGUUGCUGAUACAUCUUUGUUGAUGGCAUCAUUUUUCGUAAGAAACUCUCCACAGUUCACUUUCUCCCUGUCACUCGGUAUCUUGACCUAGAUGUGCCUACCGUUUUAAAAACAUAUCCAAAUUAAGUUGAUCCAGGUGUUUUAUGUGGAUACAUUGAAAUAGUUGGAAAUGAUAAAACCUCCAGAUUAGGACUGUCACAGUGGCAGCUGUUGAAUCACUCUGUCUCCAUUGGUGUUCUGUAUAUUUUAUACCUUCAGCUCGUCACUAAUAAUCUUUGGAGUAGUUGCUAAGCCUUUCUGUACACUUUUUAAAACCAAGAACUGUUUACAAUUUAACCGUGGCUAUUUACAUUAAUCACCUUUAGGACAAAAACAGCAUUCAUAGGUUUCAUUAAGAUAUUUGUUUGGGUUUUUAGUUUGUUAAUUGAUUUAUUUUUUGUCUUAUUGUGAUUUAAAGUAUUAUUGAAUGACAGUGGAGAACCAAUGUUUACACAGGUUUAUUGCUUCAUCACAGAAUGUGAGUCAGUUUUUUUUGUAUGUUUAUGCAAUGAUCUUUCUUUGCCGUUUGCUGUUUUUUAACUCCUGCUGCUCUAAGCGCUCUCAGAGAGCUGAAAGAGUCUGAUGAGUCCACAGAAACUGAGACCAGAGGCACUAAACUUCUUAGGGUUUGCUCAGAACCUUUUUUUAUUUUUGUUUCUACAUUUUACCGUCAGCAGACAAAGAGUUUAAUCUGCCGCAAACGUAACUUCUCCUUCUGACCUCAAACAAGGCUACCAAGUUACAUAAUAAGUUACAAAUACCAGUAUACCUCUACAGAAGCCAUUUACUACAAAAUAAAACUGAUUUAUACUUCUGAAAUGAAAUAUAGCAGAUUAUCAUCAUUUAACAGUUUGAAUGUUGAUAGCUUAUUUGCAUACAAUGUUUUUUUUUUCCUUCAGUCAGACUCUUCAUUUUUCACAAUGCGAAGAUCAUUUAGCAGCAUGAAGCAAAGAAAUGAGCAUCAUUAUGCAGGUCGUAGUCUGUGACAAAACUGAGAAAAGAGAGCAAAAGCAUUUGAAGUAGAGGUGGUGUGCUUUCAGAGGGAAAAAAUGUAUUCAUUAUGACACCAAAUCAGUUUAAGUAGGAUUAAAUGUUUUAUUUAUUUAUGAGCACCUCUUUUAAGAAUAUAAAAAGGUUUUCUUCUUUUCCCUAAGGCUUUCUUUUCCUCUCACAGGGAAAUAAAAAAAAAAAACCACUACCACGGACACAAUAAUCACUCUUAUGCAAUUGUGAAACAUUAAACAGUUCUGAGUUAUAUUUUUCAGCAGCAGAGCAAUUUAUUUUCCUUAGCGGAAGUUGAUUUUAUUUGUUAUUUCUUUUUAGCUGGUCUUUGAGGCUGAACUCUAAUUAUGUACAUAAGCCCUGUAUGAGGAAUGUCCAGUGCCAACGUGUUCAGUUGUUGAACUUUAGCCUCUGUAGACAGUGUGCAUGUUUGUGCCAAAGUGGCAGGAAGUUUGGUGGUUUCUCUUCAUUUCAGCUGAUUAACGCAUCUCCCACUGACUUUAUUUGUGACAGAGGGCGCCGUUCGGCGAGAACGGCCUCUUCCGGCAUGUUGCAUCUAAGCUUUGUUUCCAUUCUGUUCCUAUCAGAAACAUACUGAAUGGGUUCUUCUUGCCACUGCUCCUGUUUUAACCCAGGUUGUUUACAUACCUCUUUUGAUCUCUGACUUGCAUGCUGAAAAAAAAAUAAAAAAUUUCCAAACCAAGUGUUGGACACAAUACUGUCGUCAUACUGUGGUUUGUGAAAUGCUUUGUAAUGGAUUGCCUUAACUGAAGAUCAAUAAACUAUUGAUAACUUUGGCA